AUGAAGUGCCUUGCCGAUUCCUCAGCUGGUCGUGAUCCCCGGGCUCCUCCUCCCGCUUAUGGCGGUGGCGGCUCCAGCGAGCCAGCCAAGAAGCGGCAGCGGACCUCGAGCUCGAGCCAGGCUGAGGCAUCCUCGUCCUCACAGCCUCCAUUGCAGCAGCCAGGGGACGCGAGAGAGUUGUCAGAUCUGGGGGAGGACGUGAUCUUCGAGGUGCUGCAGCGGGCGGAGGCGCGGAAGCUGGCGGCCGCAGCGUGUGUGAGCCGGGGCUGGCGGGUCCUUGCGCAGGACGAGCGGCUGUGGGAGGUGCCGUGCGUGAGGGAGUGGACCGGCCUCGGCUUCUCGAAACAGCUACUCUGCGUCGUCGUGCUCUCGUUCGGCGGCUUUCGUCGCCUGCAUCGACAUCAUCCUACCGCUGUGGAAGAGGGGAUUUCCAUGGGUGGAUGA